AUGUCUGAUUUGCUAUCGAUCUAUAAGGGUGUGCAUUUUAAAGAACUGCCUACACCUUCCUUUGUCAUCAAUGAGCGGAAAUUCAAUGAGAAUUGCAUCAUGAUGCUUGAAAACGUGGAGGAGUUAAGAUCGGCCACUGGAAAAAAUGUUAAAUUUAGAGCACAUAUAAAGACACAUAAGACCGCUAAAGGUACUUUCAAGCAAUUAGGUGUCGGGCUGGUAAACAAUCCCACAGACUCAAUUCUUAUCUCCACAGUCAAAGAAGCACAGGGGUUACUGGAUUAUGAAGAUAAGACUGGUAAAGAUUACGUAAAAGAUAUUUGCUUUAGUUUACCUGCGUGUAUUCCAGAGUACUUGGAAUCCUUAGUCGCCUUGUCGAAAAUGGUAGACCAUCUGAGGAUAUUUGUUGACUGCAAAGAGCACCUCGAUAACCUAGUAAAGUUUGGUAGGCCUCAAGAGACUAAAAAGUGGUCCGUGUUCCUGAAAAUAGAUAUGGGCACCCGUAGGGCAGGUGUCGUAUGCCAUUCGAAAGAGUUCCGUCAAACACUUUCUAGGUUGUCAGAUCCGGAGGUCUUAGAAGUUGUUCAGUUGUAUGGUAUUUACGCACAUGCCGGUCAUAGUUAUAGUUUGACCAGUAUCAUCGAUUCCCACAAAUUACUCAUGGAUGAAAUCCAGGCUGUCAAUGAAGCUGCUGUUGAAAUUAAGAAACAGCUCGAAUCAUUGGAUGUUAGCAAGCUGGUCCUGUCUGUUGGUGCCACUCCAACAUCAAAUUCACUGAGGAUCCGAGAUGAGCCCCUUUUGAUUGACUUCGUGCAGAAUAAAUUGAUAGGAACAUUAGAGAUACAUUGUGGUAACUACUGCCUGUACGAUCUACAACAGCUCUCAACGGGUUGUAUUAAAGAUUAUGAGAUAGCGGGUUUUGUACUGGGAUCUGUAGUCUCCCAUUAUGAAGAAAGAAACGAAAUUUUAACCAAUACUGGCGUGAUGGCACUUACGAGAGAGACCUCCAAAUACAAGGGUCAUGGUGUUUGUGUCAAAGCGAAUGAGGUACUUGACAGUAAACCUUACAAUAUUGAUUGGUAUGUGGACCGUGUCUCGCAAGAACAUGGGAUUCUGAAACCGUGUGAGGGUUCGACUACGGAGCAUUUCGCUUUGGGUACUAAAAUCGCAAUUCUACCACAACAUGCCUGCAUUGUCAUGGCCCAGUUUCCGUACUAUUUCGUUGUGGAUGACAAUGGGAUGGUGACGGAUGUAUGGCUACCGUUUCAGAAAUGGUGA